AUGGCUGACGCGCCGGCGGUCCGCGUCUUCGCCGACGGGAUCUACGACUUGCUGCACUUGGGGCACAUGCGCCAGCUCGAGCAAGCGAAACAUCUAUUUCCGAACGUGUAUCUGAUCGUCGGCGUGUGCUCCGACGAGGACACGCACAAGUACAAAGGGUUGACCGUGCAGACGCUCGAAGAGCGCGUCGAGACGCUGCGCCACAUCAAGUGGGUCGACGAGGUCGUCGCCGGCAGCCCUUGGAUCGUGACUCGCGAAUUUGUAAAUAAAUACAAAAUCGAUUAUGUGGCGCACGACGACGCGCCGUACGUGAGCGCCGGCUCGGACGACGUCUACAAGUGGCUGAAGGAUGAAGGUUUGUUUUUGGCGACGCGCCGCACGGAGGGCGUCAGCACGACAGACAUCAUCCUGCGCAUUCUGCGCAACUACAACGACUUCGUGUACCGCAGUCUGAAGCGCGGCGUCUCGCCGAAAGAGCUGAACAUCAACGCGGUCACCGCGAACACGAUCCAGCUGCAGACGGUGCUGAAGAAGUGGCGCGCGUCGGCGAGCCUCGGUCUCAAGCGCGCGACGCAGGCGCGGCGGCCGGUCGGCAGCGGCUUCGACGCGCACGUCGACAGCGUGCGCGACACGGUGCACGGGCACCGGCGUUCUACAUCAGCUACGAGACGAGCAUCUCGCUGCUCGAGAACGCAGUGCUGCAAAUCUCGGUCGUCGAGCACAGCGGCGCGCCAGACGCGUCCGCCACGUUCGAAGAAUCAAAGCCCGCCAAGAGCAGCAGCGCCACCGAGCUCAGCGCCAUCAGCACCGUGCAGUAGGAGGGCGUAA